AUGGCUACACAGUCGAGGUGGAGCACGUGGCAACACAUCGGAGACGUCGUUGGAGUCUUCAGUCUCCGUUUCUACCAACAGUUUCGACUUCAGUAG